UCUCACACAGAGACGAAGCUUUUGUUACACUGGGCUCCUAUGACAUUAUUUUUCUCUGUAUAUUCUCCAGAAAUUAAGGAACUUCUAAAUAUAGUGGAAGAAAAAACAGACUGAGAAAUAGAAAUUAAAAUAAAUAAAUUUAUUCAGACAUUUAUUAUUUUUACCUGCAGUUUGUGUAACAGCAGUUUGUAAAAGUGAAACUAAACUACAGAUUUAGCAGAAGCCAUUACUGAGCUCAGAAAAGACAGAGACAAAAUGGCGUCUGGAUCCUCUCUCCUGGAAGAGGACCUCGCCUGUCCUGUGUGCUCUGAAAUCUUCAGGGAUCCUGUUGUCCUGAGUUGCAGUCACAGCAUCUGUAAGGUCUGUCUGAAGCAAUACUGGGAUCACAAGGGAUCUCAGGAGUGCCCAUUUUGCAGGAGAAGAUCUUCUAAGGAUUGUCCUCCCUAUAACCUGUCUCUGAGGAAUAUCUGUGAAUCGUUCUUAAAGGAGAAAAGUCAGAGAGCUGAAGCAGGAUCUGUGCUCUGCAGUCUUCACAGUGAGACACUCAAACUCUUCUGUUUGGAGGAUCAAAUACCCAUCUGUCUUAUCUGUCAAACUUCAAGAAAACAUGAAAACCACAAACUGCUACCAGUUCAGGAGGCUGCAGAAGAGUAUAAGGAGGAACUCAGGACUGCACUGGCUCCACUGCAGGAGAAGCUAAAAGCAUUUAAUGCAGUGAAACUAAUCUGUGAUCAAACAGCAGAGCACAUCAAGAGCCAGGCCCAGCACACAGAGAGACAGAUAAAGAUGGAGUUUGAGAAACUUCAGCAGUUCCUAAAAGAUGAAGAGGCAGCCAGGAUCACUGCACUGAGGGAGGAAGAGGAGCAGAAGAGUCAGAAGAUGAAGGAGAAGAUUGAGAAGAUGACAGAAGAGAUAUCAUCCCUUUCAGAACAGAUCAGAGCUAUAAAACAGGUGCUGGGAGCUGAAGACAUCUCAUUCCUGCAGGUAAGACCUGUUCACUCUGAGAGAACCCAGUGCACACUGGGGGAUCCAGAGAAGGUCUCAGGAGCGCUGAUUGAUGUGGCCAAGCACCUGGGCAAUCUGAAGUACAGAUUGUGGGAGAAGAUGCUGGGGACUGUUCAAUACACUCCUGUGACUCUGGACCCAAACACAGCAGAUCCUGAACUCUCACUGUCUGAGGAUCUGACCAGUAUGAGACGCAGUGAUGAGAGACAGCAGGUUCCUGAUAAUCCAGAGAGAUUUGAUGGGUGGUGGUGGUGGGUGCUGGGCUCUGAGGGAUUCAGCUCAGGGAGACACUGCUGGGAUGUAGAAGUGGGGGAUGGGGACUGGCGGGUGGGUGUGGCUAAAGAGUCCAUCAGCAGGAAAAGGGGUGUGUAUCCGAGCCCAGCAGGAGGAGUGUGGAGUAUAGGGCAUAGCAUAGGGCUGAUCAGUGGGGAAUACAGAGCCAUGACCUCCCCAUCUAAAGCCCUCACUGUACAGAGGGAACUCCAGAGGGUCAGAGUGCAGCUAGACUGGGACAGGGGGGAGGUGUCAUUCUCUGACCCCAGUGACAACACUCCUCUCAGCACUUAUAAACACUCCUUCACUGAGAGACUGUUUCCUUUCUUUAGUACUAUGGGGACUGUGCGGAUCUGUCCACUGAAGGUAUCUGUAAGUGUAAAAUAGCACUGUGGCAUUGUUGGUAAACAUCAGCUGAAAUCAAAGGGCUGUAUUUAUUAGCAGGUUUACUUCAAAUGACAUGAACAAAAGGACAUAAUGAACAAAAUAUUGUCUAUUAUUUGAAAUGUAAAUACAAAGAUUCUAAAGUGCUUGGUGAGAAAUGUCUGAUCUCUCUGAUAUAACCUCACAAUGUUAUUACUGAGUAAUUACUGUGGUACAUGGUGGUAUUGUAAGUACACUGGUGUGUGUUAUGAGUGAUUACUGUGGUACAUGGUGGUAUUGUAAGUACACUGGUGUGUGUGUAAUGA